AUGCUUUCCACCACCGUCUCCAACAAUGCUGGCCCGAGCGUGGAGAAAAGGGCGCCCUCGGCGCCCGGCAAGGGCUCCGACAUGCCCUUCCACAAGGUUGCCGACUGCUUUGAGGGUCUGUACCGCGCUGAGAACCGCGACAAGCGGCUGCAGCUGCUCCGAAAGCUCUGGAAGCGGCACGGGCGGCCCGACAUGUACCCGCUGAUGCGGCUGAUGCUGCCUGGCAUGGACACAAAGCGGCCAAACUACCAUCUCAAGGAGAAGAUGCUGGCGCAGCUCUACAUCAGCAUGCUCGGCCUGCCGCCCGACUCGGAGUCGGCAAAGGAGCUCAUCUCGUGGAAGCGGCCGUCCGCGCUGUCGCGUGCGUCCGCCGGCGACUUUCCAGAGAAGGCGUUUGCGGUCAUCGAGAGCCGAUGCCCGUCCGCCGAGUCGCUGGGGCCACGGCGGGAGCUCGCCGUUGCGGACGGCACCCCCGCGAAGCAGGCCCGUGGGAUCUAG